AUAUUCGAUAAUAUUGGCAAAUUUCAAUCAUUUCAGUUGAUAUUGUCCGCAGCAAAAUGCGUUGUCUUGCUUUUCUUCUAAUCUCGUUGGACCUAAUAAAAGCAAGAGAAUCGGGUGAUUGUGGUGUGAAAGGGGAUCAACUGCAAUGUUGCGACAAUUACAUGUUAAAGAACGGAACGUGUAUCGAAUGUCCACCUGGUAAAUUUGGCGAAAGCUGCUCGGAAAAUUGUCCAGAUGGGUACUAUGGAAAGUUCUGUACCAGUAAGUGCACUUGCUCUGAGGGAGAUAUUUGUCACUACGAGAAAGGCUGCAUCCAGAGUCCAGAACGUUCUAAAGCAAACUAUGAUGAUUGUUUACAGAACGAACCGAGGAUGGGGAACAGAAGCUGUUGCGUGAACGAGAGAACUGUGGGAAAUCAAUGUCAAGAGUGUUGGAGAGGGCGGUAUGGCAAAGACUGUAAAUACCCAUGUCCUAUACGUAGAUAUGGGCGAUUCUGUCUGGGGACGUGCAACUGUACAAUGAAUGAAAUCUGUAACCGAGAGACGGGUUGUAUAGAUACAACAGAUGCUACGACGAGUAAAAGCCCGGAUGUAGAUCAUGAAAACACCACAGGAAGUUUUGCAGAUAUGAAACAAGGAUUAUCUGAGAAAUCCUUCUUGAUUGUUAUCAUGGGUGUCAGCAUUGGGAUAAUUGUCACUGGCAUAGUGGGGAUUGUUGUACUAAAGAGAUUGACAAUGUUCAGAUGUGGGGAGACAGUUUCUAAAGAGCAUAAAGAUAAGCGUUUGCCAAGCAGGGACGAGCUUACAGCGACAGCGUUAUCGUCGACAACCAUUACCGACCACAGAGAAAACCCAGCAGUGAAAGUGUCUAAUGAACCUCGUCUGACAUCAACAAAGAGCCGCACAUUAGGUCCUAGUACAUAUAGCACAUUGCAGAAUCCCUCAAGUUCACAAGACCUCAAAAACACGAACAAGCAAAAAAGACCCAUGCUUAUAUUGGAAGAAAGUUGCACGCAUCGAAUGAAUGGGAAAGCAUCCACCUUGCCAAUAUCUGGAUUAAAAGAAACAAGAGUUCCAUUUAACAUCCAAGAUAGGCGACCAAGGGAGGAUUAUUUGGAGGAAAUGCAAUCAGAAAUUUUGAAACCUGAAGGGGGAAUACUAACCUUUGAGACUGAUGUCGAGAGUAAAAAAUAUAAUCGUUCAAAAUACACAAUUGAUAAUGAGAUCAGGGUAAAUUGUGAACUGCACGAUUUUGUUUCUACAAAGAAUGAAACACCCAAAACGUCUGACGAUCUGAACUCCAACAGAUAUAGCCUAGUGAAACGCAUGUAAGGUUCCGUUGUUAUUCUCUACACAUUGGAGGACUUUCACAGCAAUGUAUUUUCAAGGAUAAAAUGUCCUAGUGCGAAUUUGGGAGCAAAUCUGGUUUUGGAAUUCUAUGUAAAUUAAAAAAAAUGUUUUCAAAGGAGUAAGACCUUUAUUAUAUAUAUGCAUUGCAUACAUUAAAUUUCAUACAUUUGACAAUA